GAAGGAACAAAAAAAAAGAAUGGAAGGAAAAAAUAGAAACAGGAAAGAAGGGACAAGAAAAAAAGAAUAGAAGAAAAAAUAGAAAGAAAACAAAUAGGGGAAGAGGGGUUGAAGAGUGAAGGGAAUGGGAGAAGCAGUAAGAUGUAUCAUGUACAGGUACAAAUUCCCUUUGAUGAAUGUGAUCAUUAUGCGUAUCUAAAAUGUACCAAUAUGGGCCAGGGAUUUAGCUCAGUGGUUUCGCCGCCUGCUGCGCAAGUGCAAGGACCCGAGUUUGAUCCCUGGUACCCCCUCCGCCAAAAAAAUAAAUAAAAUAAAAUGUACCAAUAAAUGUUUUGCUUAAAACAAAAAAACAAAAAAGGCCAAUUGAAAUGAACAGACACUAUAUGGUCAUAUGGUCCUGCCCAAAUACAUGAUUCCGGGGUUGUCAUGACAAGUGCCUGAGAUUGACCAGUGGGACUCGUCCCCCAGAGUCUGCUGCCUUGUGGUGCAGUUUCUUUGGGUCCUUGAGAUACCUACCUAUCUAUCUCCUGGGAAUUGAACCCAGGGUCUUCACAGCUACCUCCCCAGCCCAUUUUAUUUUGAGAUAGUCUCACUCAGUUGUUCAGGCAGGACUUAACUUGCAAGGAUUCAAGUUCAAGGAUCAAAUUCAAGGAGGAUUGCAGGUUCGAGCCUCCUGUCUCGGCCUCCCAUAGUGAUGGGCUUACAGGUGUGUGCCAUUGUGCCCAGCUUCUUGGUUGUCUUUAACUGUGUGCUGCUCCACUGAAGUGUCCUGUGGGGUUCUUCAAGGUCUCAGAUGUGGUGAACCCGACUAGGAAGGAGUCAGGUCAGGGCAUUACUCCUAGGAAGCUCUCCAAACCCAGACUGCAUGGAGUGCUUUCCAUCCCCAAGUCUCUGAUUUCUUAGGAAUCAUUUUUCCCCACUUUUGUUUUGCUCCUCUUAGCAUCACAACCAGUCUUUCCUCUAGUCCCCUGAAGUUUGUGGCAGGAUGGGGGUAUGGGUUAAAUUUGGGUUCAUUGCUAGGCUAGGAGGAUGGCCCCUUAGGUUUGCCGUCUAAAGUGGGGAGGAGGGUAGGUCUGGCCUGGAUUUUUCUUCCUCCUCCCUCUGGAGGCCACUGAACCAGAGCCCAAGUUUGCUGGUAUUGGCCAACCCUCUCCAGGCAAAAGGACACUGACCAGUCAGGAUAGACAUUGGCUGGUAUGCCCAAUCAAGAUGCAGCAGCUGAUGUCAGCACUGUUGCUAUGCAGAUUUCACUUUCCAGUGAAAAACAGGCUGGUUUGUCUAGAGCAACCAUCUCCCUGCAAACAAUGAAAAAUGCUGGGGAUAUAGCUCAGUGGCAGAGUGCUUGCCUGGCAUGCAUAGGCCCCAGGUUCAAUCCUAGCAAAAAGCAAAACAAAACAAAAAAACCUCAAAACCUAGAUAAAAUAUUUAAUAACCAUCACCUUAGGAACUCUGAAAGGCUGACAAGACAGUGGGUCAGUGCCAGGCCAACUCAGGGGACAUUAGAUCUCUCAGAUGCAAGGCCCUCCAGGAAGGUGUGGUACAGCCGAGGUCAGCUCUAGGCCUAGGGGAACUUCGAGAGAAAGGGGACCCUACUGUCCAGGUGCCCACAGGCAGUAGCACUGAACCUGGUCCUCAGAGGAGAGAAAAGACACUCAAACCAUGUGGGGCUGAAGCUUCAUUUUGUCAACUUGAUUGGAUCGGGAGCCAUCCAGGCGCUUAGCAGAGCAUAGUUAUGGGUGUCUGGGUGGGUCAUGGGGGUGUAGCCUUGGGGACUAUACCUGAUCCCUCACUUCUUCCUCUCUGGCACUCUUCCCAGCCACCAUACACUGAGCAGCCUUCCACCCCCACACCCUUCCACCAUGAUGGUUCUGUUUUGGAGCCACCCAACCAUGGACUGAAUCUUUUGAAACCAUGAGCCAAAUUAAAACUCUCCUCCUUUAAGUUGUGGUGUUAAGUACUGUAUCUCUGGGACAGGAAAGCUGACUGACACACACUACUUGCUGCCUACCAAGUGCUGUUUGAAGUAACACACUUCAAACACGGGUCCUCAGGGAAAAACACUGACACAAUGGAGGCUCAGACCCAGCCAGGUACUUAUGGCCACACCUGCUCCCACAGGUCCCAGGCCUUCACCUGCCCCAUCUGUAGGCUGGGACAGUGACCCUCCUCGGUGUCAGUGUCCUAAAGGCCACAGGGGGCUGUAUGUGGCAUUUCUGUGCUGAUGUCUAGUGCAGGCCAGCCCAUAUGAGACCUGUGUAUACCAACAUGGGCAUUACCUUACUAACUAGUUGGCCCCAGGACGCAGGACAGGCACAUGGGUCCAUUUCACAGGUAGAGAAAUUAAGGCAAGGGAGGGAGUAGAGACUUGGGCUUCUGCUGUAGCAGCUAAUGCCAUGGGCUUGAAAUGGGAAGCCCCCUCCCAUAAACUCUUCCACCAGGCCCUCUGGUCUGGGCUGUGGCACUGGCAGCCAGCAGGGCCAGACACAAGCCCUCAGUCUGUCCUGGCUCUCAGCAUCCCUGGGGAGCUGUUAAAGUAUUCAGCAAGUGCUGACUGUGUGAGUUGAGUGGCUGCUAGCCUGGACCCUAGGAUGAGCAUGUAUCAGUUAACUAGUGCUGCACAACAAACUAGCCCCAAACAGGACACCUAGAACAACAGCCUUAUCAUUUCCAAAGGGUUGAUGGGCCUACCAGGCAUCCACAGCCCUGGGGUGGGUGUGGCUGACCUUGGCUGGUGGAUUGGUGGAGGGUGGCUGGUCCCCAGUGGCCUCAGUGAGGACAGCCCUACUGCCCUCCCCAUCUAGCAGGGCACCUGGGCUCACUUCCCUGCUGUAGCCAGAGUCCAAGAUGGCAGGUAGAGGCAUGAAUAUCUCUCAAAGCCCAAUCUCAGGACUGGCCGAACUUGGUUUCUGCAACUUUCACUGGCCAAGUACUCUACCUUUGGGAAGAGCUGGUGAGUCAAGGGGUAGAGAAUUGGGGUCACUUAGCGAUUGGCCUGCCACAGAGGGGAGCCAGCACCAUCACCUCAUAGAUCCAGCUCUGAGGAGGGGGUGGUGGUGCUCAGGGGGCCAUUGAUGUCCUCCCCAAGACAGGGCCUCCAGUGGGGUGGUGAAAUCAUUGGUUCACCUGCAGGACUGGAGCCCUUUAUGAGCAUGUGUCCUAAGCAGCUUUGCAGCCUCAGCCAUCAGCCCAGAGUGGCUAUCCCAGGAGGUUUGUUGAAUGACUGAAUGACCUAAGUCAGCUUCUCUACCAGGCAGCCCAGAGGAACAGUCCCAGAGCCUCCUUCUUGGAGUGCAAGCCUAGUUUGGGGUGGAGGGUGUCUCCAUUUGGGGCAUCCCCCCUGUGUGUGCCAGGAGCUGAGGAUGGAGAAACCUCCCACCCUGCCCCCUCUGAGGGGACCCUCUUCCCCACACUCAUCAGUUCCUGUCAGAGCCAAGAUGUGUCGCCAUGGAAACUGCUUGGCAAAUGCUGGCAGGCAGAGGCGGCCAACAGCAGCUUGUGAGCUCCGGGUGCCCGUUGGAGUGACGCUUCAGGAGGGCGUGAACAGGCACGCCCGGCUGUGACAUGUGUGUAGCAAUAGGUGCUGACGAGAAGGGAUGAGGCGGCCACCGUCCCUCCCAGGCCCCUGCCACAUGCAGCCGCUGACCAGGUGCUAGGCCUGGAGGUGCCCAUGCCUUCCCUCAACGUGCUCAGGAGGUGCAGCGCCAGACAGAGCCAUGCCCCAUGUGCCCACUGGUGGCCCCUGCAGCCCUGCCUGUCAGCCCAAGGGACAGUUCCAUAGGAGACCGUGACUGUCCCCUGGGCAGCUCAUGGUCAGCGACAGGGGCUCCUGGGAGUGGCUAGGCCCCACCUGCCUGCCAUGCUGCCCUGUAGGCCGGCCCAGGAGUUCAGCUUCGGGCCUCGCAUGCUGCGGGACGCCCUGGUCUCCAGCGACACAGGGCUGCAGCAGUGCUACACUGGUGCCUUCUCCCUGGCUGAGCGGCUGUUCCUGGCUGAGGCCUACAACCCACACAGGACCCUCUUCCACCCACUGCUCAUCUACUCAGCCUUCGACUGGCUCCUGAGCCGCCCCGAGGCCCCUGAGGACUUCGCCAGCUUCCACGCUGCCCUGCCACACCGCACACAGAGUCUGCCACGGAAGCACAUUUACCUGCAGCCCAUAGAUCUGAGCGAGGCACCAGUGGGCUUCCCCCUGCUGGACUACCUGCGGAGCUGCGCCGAGGCCUUCUUCCUUGGCCUGAGAGUCAAGUGCCUGCCCUCCGUGGCUGCUGAAUCCAUCAGCUGCUCCUCACGUCCCCGCAGGGACUCAGAUGGGCUGCAGCUGAAUACAGCUCCCGCCCUCCCUGCAGACGGCAUCCUGUCCUUCUUGAAAAACAACAAGCCGGAUGAUGCGCUCUGCGUGCUGGGCCUCACACUGUCCGACCUGUAUCCCUGCGAGGCCUGGAGCUUCACCUUCAGCACCUUCCUUCCUGGGCACAAGGUGGGCAUCUGCAGCUUUGCCCGGUUUGUGGGGGAGUUGCCACAGGCAGGGUCCAGUGCCCCCUAUCCGGCCCCACUGGAGGCGGCAGUGGACGGCUCUGAGCGCCUGACGCAGGACAGCGGCCAGAGGCUGUGCUUCAGCGCCCUGGGGGUGGUACAGUGCUGCAAGGUCACCUGUCACGAGCUCUGCCACCUGCUGGGCCUGGGGAACUGCCGCUGGCUGCGCUGCCUCAUGCAGGGGGCACUCAGCCUGGAGGAAGUCCUGCGCUGGCCCCUGGACCUCUGCCCCAUCUGCCUGCGAAAGCUGCAGCAUGUCCUGGGCUUCCAGCUCCUGGACAGGUACAAGCCCUGGUCAUUCAGGACCCUCGGGAGACUCCACACCUGGACCCAGGCAGUAGUGGGGACAUGGCCCAGCCUGGAGGCCGGGGAGCCGUCGGUGUCCGAGACCACCCUGCCCGUCAGCGCCGACUCAGGCAUGUGCUGUGAGAGUGACUCAGAGCCUGGCACCAGCCUGUCCGAGCCUGGCACGCCCGAUGCCUGGAGUCGCACCUUCCCCGAGGGGCCGGAGGAUGAGCUGAGUUCCCUGGCAGCCGCAGAGGUGCUGCCAAGGCUUGGGGGCCCUGUGGAGGCCAUGGAGGAGCACGGACGGUGGCUGGCCACAUGCAUUGAGGCCCUGGAGCGGGAGGUGGCUGAGGAGGAGCUGGCGCAGGUAGACAGGGCGGUGGAUGCCCUGGAGCCAUGGGAGAUGUUCACGGGGCGGCUCCCGGCCAUCAGGCAGGACCGACCCUGCAGCAGGGAUAGUGCAGGGCUGCGGAAGGUCCUAGGGGACAAGCUCUCCUCCCUGAGACGGCGCCUGGGCAUGCGCAGGCUCUCCAAGGUGGAUUCCUCCCCCUGUCACUGGGAUGGGCAGGAGAAGUAGCGAGGCAAGGUGCCCUGCAGGGCUGAACACACUCCCUUCUAGAGGCCAAGCAGGGUGCCUCCUGUAGGUUCUUUGGGUCCCUGCGUCCACCCUGGCCAUGGGUACCUGUGGCUGGGGGCCCUUCCCCCUGCUGGCUGGGGGACCUGCUGGUCUCUCCAGCCAGGGCCCCAGUGGCCGUCUAGGGGCUUGGCAGCUGUGCACCCACUUCCUGGGGGAAGCGAUGGUUUGUUUCUGUGUUGCCCCUCUGUGGAACUUCAAGGCACUGCUGCAUGGGUGGACUCAGUAUUUGCUGGGGCUGCAGUUUCUCUGAUAGCUGCUGUUGGAAAGGAGAGCAUCUAGUUCUUAGGGUUGAGCACAGGAAGGGAGAGGCCUUCAUUGUCCCUGGAGGCCACUGCAUGCUAUCACUGGCAGUGGUGGAAACAGACUACAGUGACAUUUUGGGGCAAGUUUUCUGAGGCAGCUGCACCAUUGAUACCAGUUAGGCCAAUACCAGGCAGGGAUGGGUGUCCAGUUUAUCUGUCUUUACAGAUAUUUUAUUUUGUGGUCUGGUUCUAUCAAUUCCUGAGACAGGGGUGUUAAAAUCCAUCACAGUUAUGGAGCUGUCUGCCUCCCUUCACUUUUGUGUCACAUAUUUUGAAGCUCUUUUGUGUGCACACACUCGAUUGUGUUCCUGAAGUGACCAGUCAUCACUGGUGUCCCGGCCGCAGUGUCAGAGUCACAGGGAGAGAUGCUUCUGUGGCAGAAUCCUAGGCAUUCCCACCUGAAAAGAGCCGAGAGCAGCAGCCUGUGCAUUUGCUGGCUGGGGGGCUCAGACAGCUUUGCAGCUUCUAAGAGAAACAGCCCACAGUACAAAUAUAAGAUUAGCAGGGCCAUGCAGAGGAGGGAAACUGAUGCCUUCCUAUGAACCAGUCUCAGGGCCUGAUGGUGCCAUCCUGGUCCCCAGGUUCAGCCUGGGCAGAGGAAGAGGAGGCAGACUCACAGCUGAGCAGCAGGGGGUGUCAGGCCCGUCAGGCCUCUGCUGUUUUGGCUCCAAAGAGACUGCCACACAGUCAGGAGGCCACUGGACAGGGUGAAGGGGAGCAUGUGACAGGUUAGGAGCCCCAGGGGACACCAGGAGCAGGCGACAUGGCAGCAGGAGUGGAAGGCCUGGCCCAGGUGCCUGUGGCUGCCAACAAACGACAGCCAUUGCCCAGAAAUCCAGUUCGGGCCGAGCGGGGGUGGGGGGUGGGGGGGUGGCCGCAAGCACAGCUGGGACCGCGGGCCUCAGCUCCGGGCUCAGGGCUCCUUACCCCACACACAGCAUGGCCCUCCUGACUCAGCCUGGAGUUCCGGGUUGCCACUCCUCCCCCCAUCUGGCCAGUCACUGAGCCCUCUGAGGGGCCCGGUGUGGCUUUCAGCCCAGUGCCCCAGCCUGCCCGUUUUCAGUGUCCUUCUGUCCUUGGUGAAAGGAGAAUUGCUGAAAUCAGAUAAAGCAGAGCUGGUGAGAGCUCGUGGGGCCGGGUAUGUGGCUCUAGUCCUCAGUGCUGUCCACCUGCACCUGAGCGAGGCCUUUGGCGCCCACCUGUCACAUGUCCCCACAGAGCAGGAGAUGGAGGCACGGCGGUGGAGGCACUCAGAGCAAAACUCGUACCCACAGCCUUUUCAAAGACGUGUGAACUCUGAAAGUUCAGCUUUAGGGUCGAUCCAUGUUCCUCUCUCCUCACCGGUCAGCCCCAGGUAAAGGGCAAAUGGGGAUGACUGCCAUGGGAGGAGGGUCGUAGAGGUGACAGUGAGUGGGCUGCCUCAGUAAAGCUGCGGCUCCCGAUUUGCACAGGCCCCGCUGUGUGCGUACUGAGAGGUUUACAGAAGAUGGCCUCUGAGAGCACGGGGCCAUGGGAGCCUUCAAUGUCUCCCUUUUUCUUUUUCUUUCUUUUCUUUUUUUGUGGUACUGGGGACUAAAUCCAGGGCCUUCACACUGAGCUGCAUCCCCAUCCCUUUAAAAAAUGUUUGAGUCAAGGUCUCACUAAGUUGCUCAGGUGGGCUUGAGCCUGCGAUCCUCCUGCUUUAGCCUCUGAGUAUAAAAAUUUCUUUAAAAACUGGGCAAAAUUAGGUUGGAGCUGUAGCUCAGUGGCAGAAUGCUUGCCUAACAUGCAUGAGCCCGCUGGGUUCCAUCCCAGGAUUGCUAAGGGGGAAAAAAAUAAAAGUGACCACAUAGUAGGCUUAAUUGCUUCCUCAUUUCCAAGUCAGCUGAGACCCCAUGGGCUUGGUGGUCCUUCUGAGCUCCUUUCUCAGGCUGUGAUGGGUGAGUAUGGGUCCUGCAUCUGGCAGCCCCACACCUGGAGCCCAGCCUUGCUGUGGGAGGAGCGGGGGAGAGUGCUCUGCUCCUAGGGCGGGGACGCAUUGGGCAGGAGGCUGAGCCAGCUCUGCAUGCAUCUCCAGGGCAAGGUGGGGUGCUGCUGUGUGAGUCCUGUCUGGAGACAUCAAGGCAUCAAGGCAGAGCUCUGACACACACACACACACACACAGAGGCUUAGCCAAGCUGCUAAUGGUGAAGCUGCGGGUCCAGAUUUAGAUCCCACCAAGUUCCCAGGGGCUGCUGGCAUGUGCUGGGGACAGAAAGUCUGUGCACAGUGCCAAGAUGAGGUGCCCUCCAGACCCAACAGGCGGGCAGGACUGUGCCUCUGAGACUGGCUGCUGGCCCCAUGGCUGCUCGGGAAGGACAGAAGAGCGAGGCCUCCUGAGUGCUGGGAGUACUUUACACCCAUCACUGUCAGUUCUCAAAACAACAGCACCAGGCAGAUGUCAUCAGCCCAUUUCGUGCCUGCAGAAGCUGGUGCAGACAGGAGCGCUCACCUCUAGAGCCCCACAGGCUCCAUUUGCCCCCUCUGAGUCCACCCUGGCUCCCAAGAUCACAGGGAAGUGUGGCGGCUGCUACACCUCCAGACCCAUGGAGAAAUGAGGAGUGUGCAGUGGGCACCUAGCACCAGGUGAGGAUGACAACCAAAUCUGAGCCCAGAGGUGCUGGGGCUUCGUGGACUUGUUGGUAUGAAGAUGAGUCCCCGACAGGAAUGGUUCCUUCCCAUGGAGAUGGAGCAGCAGGGCCCCCAGAGGCAGCACCCACACCCGGUGAUCAGAGGCCGCCUUCCACAGGGCUCCCCAUGCCGUGACAGGUGGGCAGGACGCCGCUGCUUCCUGGGGACUCCUGGGGCUGUGGACCCCUCUUGAGCCCGUUAGCUUGGUCCCUGUGGGGGCAACUGCACACAGGGACCUAGUCUCAAGGAAACAGCAGAUCUAUUUGGGACAAUAGGCUGUCAAAGGUCCACAAGCACGAGUAACUGAGGAAACGCCCCGCUUCCCUGUAAAGACCUGGCUUUGAAAGCGGGUAGAAUAGAUGCAAAGAGCUGCAAGUGGUGAUGGCCCUUUCCUUUUCCAGUAUUCACAACAUCCUCCCGCGGGUGAGAACCCAAAGUAACUGAGGGUAAGAGGCAAACAAAAAUGAGCGUAAGCCAACAACUUCUGAGAAAUGCCCACUGCAGGCACUAUGAAGGGAUUGCUCCUCAGGGGCUUUCAGCAGCCAGGCCAAUCCAACCUCAGACCUGCUCUAAACCGGCCUUGGCCUCCACUAACCAGACCCGAGACCAGCCAGCUCCCCGAAGUGAGACCAUCCCAAUGUCAUCCCCCAGCAUGCUGGUGACACCACUGUCACACAGAACCAGGCCUGUGUCGCCUGGGCUUGUCAAGCCCUCAUGGCCCUUACCCAGGCUUCUCUCUGGCACAGGGCUUGAGUAUGUAGAAAACAGCGUUCAGAGAGGGUCACAGUCAUGGCAGGCAGGCUGUGGCCAAUGCCAGCUGUAUUCCAAGUCGCGCUUCCAGGGGAUAGCAGGAGAAGGUGCAGGGAGGGGCAGCGGUGAAAGGGUGACUUCGUGAGAUGAUACCAGGCCUCAGCCACUUCCAGUCCCCCCAGUGACACAUGGGGGUCCCUUGAUAACUCACCAGGCCUUCAGGGGAUCCCCUAAAGGCCCACAGGGCAGCAGCGUCCCAGCCGCCACCCUACCUCCUCUGAUGUGACAGUGAAGGCCGCCCGGGCUGGUGCGGGUGGCAGUCUGAAGGCCAAUCACUUUCUCCUUCUGCUGUUGUGCCCACCUCCCCCAGAAGCAUUGCUCUACAUGGGGGUCUUGAGACCACAGCCCAAAGCUUGUCAUGUACCCUAAGCAGGAGCCAUGUCUACAAAAGGCAAAGGGGGACUGCCAGGGGAGGGCCCCACUGUAGGACCCCAGAUUCCCUCGAGGCAGCAGCAUCGGCUCUAGGACAGGGCUCUUAGCUGUGCGAACAGCUCUGCCUGGCCACAUGAGGUAUGAGCAUGCCUAACUCGGCGGCAGUGUUAACUGCCCCGUCCACGUACUGAGAUUGCCGGUAUCUUUUUUUUUUUUUUUGCGAGGCAGGCACUGUGCCACUGAGCUAAAUCCCCAGCCCGAUUGCUGCUAUCUUUGAUGUACAGAAUACAUUUCUGUGUUACUCAGAUUUUCCAUGCCUACAGGUUACCUUUUCCCUCUCAAUUCAUAAAUACUAUGAAACUGAAAUAAGGCCUUGAGCCAGUUGCGGUGGUGCAUACCUGUCAUCUCAGCACUUAGGAGGCUGAGGCAGGAGGACUGCCAUGAGUUUAAGGUCAGCCUGAACAACAUAGGUAAACCCUGUCUCCAAAAACCAAACAGAAAAAGACCUUGGAAGAGGAGGACACCAGUCUCAGAGUCUAAGUGAAAACAGGACAACUCAUCAUCUGAACUUGACCUGUGUGGGUGUUGAGGUUCCUGUUCAGCUGUUCACAAAAUUGCCAUCACUGCCGAGGCGAAUGAAGGGAAUGAGGCCAGGGCCAUGCGCCCGGCCACCACUUAUCCCUCUCCUGCCUGGUGGCCCGGGUACUAGACCCACAUCCUACAUCCACGUGGACCACAAGGAGGCCCCUGCUUCUGGAGAGGCACCACGUGGAAGGUGAGAUUCUGCCCUGGAGGCCUGUGGAUGCAACGGUGAACGUGUUCAAGGAUCCACUGUUACCCACACUUCUGCUCAGAGGUGGCGGGUGGUGACCAUGUUCAGGAAGGUUCCAGUGGGAGACAACAUGCCAGGAAGACAGAUGUAAUUUAAGGCAAAUUUUAAUAAUUUGUAAAAAUCAUAUAUACAAAACAUGUUGAACCAACCACCAUG